AUGCAGCCGACGACGAGUUUCUCUUUCUCAACUACGCCGACCUUAGCCAGAACCCUCUGGGCAGCUAUGGCGACAAAGACAUUGCGUUCAUGGAGAAGGUUGCGAGCAAAUACGACCCGAACGGAGUGUUUCAACGAAAUGUGCCUGGAGGAUUCAGGUUGUCAAUUGCUCGAACAACUGCGUGUUUGA